AUGCAGGAGCCGCGCUCAAUCUUCACAGGUACAGGGAAUGACUCGACGACGGCUCUUGACCGCACGCCCGAUCAGCGCCAACUAGACACUUGCCAACAACACCAUUUUGUCGCAAAAACUCCAGACCCGCCGCCUGCCCCCCUCAACUCGCCCUUUGAAUUCCCCGAUCCCCACGACCCAUGGGCCCGCCUAUCGCCAACCCCUAGCAACAACCACCACCACCUACACCAGCGGUCGGGCUCUGCGCCGCUGCAGCGCCGCCCACCACACAGCGGCACGCAGUCAGCGCUCGCUCCGCCGGCCAUUGCCGGCAUCAAACGCUCUCCCCCGUCCCUCGGUGACUACCCUUUGGCCUCCAUCUCUUCACGACUGGCCCCGCCCCAAACCGAGCCCUUGCACAAGCGCCGCAGAGCCCUCCCUCCUCUGCGCUAUUCGCUCGACCGCUUCACUCUUUCAAAGGCUGCCCAGUCGCGCCUCCCUACCGAGCCUCUGUCGCCACUCUUCUUCUCCUCACGAACCAUCCGACUCAACCUGCCCCCACGCUUUUCCAGCUCCGAGGCGGCAGCAAGUAUGCUUAGCAAAACUCACGAAGAAAGCAACAUCAAGACCGUCACCCUUGCAAGAGGCACUUAUAGUAGCUUGAGCCCACCGGGGCCUCCACCUGGCGCUGGUGGAAGAUCGUCAGAGCGCUCCAGUCUCCCGCGCACAGCAUCUCCGGAUACGCGAGAAAAGAGCGAUCCAUUGCGGAUCCUGGCAUCCAUUGGCAUAGUCGAGCUGCUUGAACAUGACGGCCGACCGACUUUUAUUGUCGACAUUGGCGAAUCCACAAGUCGCACCCCACAACCGACCACUUUGCACAUACUUUUUGCCAACAAUGCCCUUCGAUCAAACCCUUCGGCCUGGGAGUUGGUGGCUGGCAAAUCGCCUGCAUCCACGCCCCAAGACUCCAUUGUAAACGCAACACAUCAAUUUCGUGCCUGGUUACUGGAUCCAACACACCAGAGCCAAGGCAGCCAUACUAGUCCUCUUCCAGUGGAUUAUGGCGGGAUUUUGUGGUCGUGUUUUACCCUACGAAAACGACUGCGCGUUGUCUCGGGCCAUGUAUCCGCCCCUGCAACAAUCCUCCCCUCCACACAUGUGCCCGAUGAAGUUGCCAUGCCUAUGCUAUCAGCAGUAGCCCAUGCUUCAGGCAAUGGCGCUGCUUUCACAUCACCUCCACCCCGGAUCGAUGAAGCACAAGAUUACUUUGGUAGUGCAGGGCCUGCCACUCCCCGAAAAGCAUCGACAUCUCCCAUUGCAGCACCACAACCUGAUCCAACUUACUCCAAACUUGGUCACAAAACCAUGGUGCCAGACCUUCCAUCCAGAAUAAACCUAACAUCGAUUGAAGAAUCUGCGCCAUUUGUUAACCAGUGUGUAUUGCGAGCCCAUGUUGCAGGCGACGUUGACCCGUUCUAUAGAGAAAAUGAUGAGGUGGGCGAGGAAGUUCGCGACAUGGGCUUCUUCGAUUGGACCAGGCUAGCCCCGUCUCCUACUCUACCCAAGCACAUCCAAUUUGCUCGCUCAAUAGACUGGGCCUCGACACCACUGGGCCCCAUUGAGUACUGGUCUAACGAUUUGCGCGCCAUGUGCAACCUCAUCAUGGCGAGCCCUCAUCCUGCAGCCAUGUACUGGGGCGAAGAGCUUGUGGCCAUUUACAACGAGGCCUACAUCGGCCUGGCAGGCCAGAAACAUCCAGCGCUCAUGGGCCAGAGCUACAGAGUUGCCUGGGCGGAGAUUUGGCACGAGGUCAAGGACGUUUUCGCAAAUGCACGACUCACCGGCCAAGCGACUAUGAAGGACGACGAUUGCCUGUUCAUCUGGCGGAAUGGUUUCAUCGAGGAAGCAUACUUUUCAUGGUCCAUUAUUCCAAUGGUCGGUGAGGAUGGAACAGUAAUGGGCCUUUACAACCCGGCUUUUGAAAAGACAAGACGCAAAGUUGCUGAGAGGCGCAUGCUCACACUCCGCGAAGUCGGCGAACGGACUGCGACCGCUAGGGAAAUCAAAGGCUUCUGGGAUCAAGUGCUUCUCGCAUUGACCGAAAACGACUUCGACACCCCAAUAGUCAUGCUUUACAGCGUCAAUGACGAAAAUGAUAGCGACUCGUCCUCCCUGCACUCUAGUAGCUUACUCGGCUCAAAACAGUGCUACUUGGAGGGCUCGCUAGGCGUUCCAGCUGGGCACCAAGCAGCCCCCGAUCAGAUUGACCUUAAAGACGGACAAGAAGGCUUUGGGCCUGUCUUCCGGGAGGUCAUGAAGACGGAUAAGCCUGCGGUUGUUAGUAUCGGAUCGGAUGACUUGCCAGCCUCCAUGAUGGAAGGAAUAGAAUGGCGUGGCUUCGGGGACCCUUGCCGAGAGAUUGUCAUCUACAGAUACAAUCUUUCUACACAGCUUGCCGCACGCACACAAGAAGCCCUAGAAAGCGAGACCAGGUUCACACGCAUGGCCGAGUUAUCACCAGCAGGUUUGUUCAUUGCUGACCAUGUUGGAAGAAUAACGUACUGCAAUGACACUUGGUACGAAAUCGCACGAGUACCAAGAGAGCCCGAGAUGACAGAUAGAUGGAUCGAGUACGUCAGAGAUGAAGACCAGCCAUUGAUUCUUGAGCAUUGGGAGCGACUAGUCAACGACACUACGCCCAUCAACCUGGAAUUCCGAUUCAAAGCACCUUGGGAGGAUAGGGACCGCACAAAAAGCGACACGUGGGUGUUGUUCUCGGCUUUCCCCGAAAAGGACGAACACGGGCAGCUCAAGAGUGUUUUCGGUAGCAUCACGAACAUCUCACCUCAAAAAUGGGCCGAAGGGUUUCAAAAGCGGAAGAUGGAGGAGGCCGUUGAGCUCAAACGCCAACAAGAGAACUUUAUCGACAUUACCAGUCACGAAAUGCGAAACCCUCUUUCCGCUAUCCUCCAAUGUGCCGAUGAAAUUUCUACUAUCCUAGGCGACUUUAGGGCUUCAGGCUCUCAAGUCAUCGAGCCGGGUAUUGUAGCCGACUCUAUAGAUGCCGCACAGACGAUCGCCUUGUGUGCACAACAUCAGAAACGCAUUGUUGACGAUGUGUUGACGUUGUCGAAACUCGACAGUGCAAUGCUCAUGGUAACGCCAGUAGAUGCGCAGCCAUUGCAAGUCGUCCAGCGUGCUUUGAAGAUGUUUGAAGGCGAGGUUCAAACAGCCGGUAUACAGAUGGAGUUUGUCCUCACCGAUUCAUUCACAAGUUUAGGGGUCGAUUGGGUCAAAAUUGAUCCGUCGCGAGUCUUGCAGGUGCUCAUUAACCUCACCACGAAUGCCAUCAAGUUUACAACAACUGAAGAAACAAGGACUAUCAAGGUGGUUCUCUCAGCGUCUCGAGAGCGCCCAUCGGCGCGCAGCAACCCUACAGUGAACUACUUUCCCAUGCGAGCCAAACGGAUAGACCAGACCUGCGGUCCCGACUGGGGAGAUGGCGAAGAGAUCUUCUUGGAAUUUGCAGUCCAAGACACAGGCCGAGGGCUAACUCCAGAAGAAAAGAAGCUUCUUUUCCAACGCUUCUCCCAAGCAAGCCCACGGACUCAUGUCCAAUACGGUGGAUCUGGCCUAGGCUUAUUCAUCUCACGAGAGCUCACUGAGUUGCAAGGAGGCGAGAUUGGUGUCUCUUCUGAGGCAGGGAAGGGAAGUACGUUUGCCUUUUACGUCAAGUGCAGGAGGAGUAUCGAGCCAAAAGACACAUUGGAAGUUCUUCCAGUUUCCUUGUCACGCAAGGUGUCCAAUGCGAAAGACAAGGGAAGGACCGGAAUGCCCGUACCGUCACAGUCGAAAACAAUAACCAAGGACUUUGCGAUUGUGCCAAAACAGGAUACUGUCACACCAAAACCACAGCCAAAGAAGGAGAUUAAGGUGCUCAUCGUAGAGGACAACUUGGUCAACCAAAGAGUUCUUCAACGCCAGCUUCAAAAUCAAGGCAUACAAACCAUUGUUGCAAAUCACGGUGGUGAGGCUCUUGAAGUCCUGAAACUAUCCACCUUCUGGGCCUCCCCUUCAUCGCCCACAACUACCGCCACACCUCCGACCGAUAUCUCGGUUGUCCUUAUGGAUAAAGAGAUGCCGGUCAUGGACGGUCUCCAAUGCACGUCCAGAAUCCGUGAACUAGAGCAGCACGGAAAGUUCAAAUGCCACGUCCCCAUCAUCGCUGUCACGGCCAACGCUCGCAGUGAGCAAAUCGCUACUUUGCUAGCUGCCGGUAUGGACGAUGUUGUCAGCAAGCCAUUCCGAAUUGGCGAACUUAUUCCUAAAAUCGAGGAUUUGGCCAACCGUUUUGGGAACAAAAAGCCCGUCUCUGAUGAUGCCGCUUUGAAAGUCCUGGCUGGACCCAGUGUACAACCGUACGGCGUAUGACGAAGUAUAUGAAACAUUAUUUUACUUUCUUCACACACACACUUUUCGGGUAUCCUCCCUGCAUCAGCUUUUAAUGCAGUCAGCUUUAUCUCGUUGCUUUUCUUCCUCUUCUUCUUCCUCUUCUUCUUCUUCCUUUUGGAUCUUCUUUACUAUUUCGUAUUAGUAAGCAUACACACAACUGGAGUUUGUUGUUUCACACGCAUCAACGACAUGAGUGUUUUUUCUCGCUUGUUAAUGAAGCAUUUUCGGGAUGUGUAUACCCCCCCCCCUUUCCGCGGUUCGGUAAAUAAAACAUCAUGAGGGCACCCAGGGAAUGAGUUGUAGAAAAAAAACAAGGCAAAGUACAGUCCAAUACAGAUAGAGGUAUAGGCAGAAUAAUGAAAAUCUCCAAGGUGGACCGCAUUCCCACCAUACUCGGC